CGAGUGCGUACGUGCGGGCUGGUAGGCAGUAAUGGCGGGCUGUUGAUCCUGCUUCCGGUGAGCUACAGCGAAGGGACCCAGCAGAAAUACCAGAAACACCGGCACCGGGCGCGUUUGCGAGCGGCUGAAACGGAGGCGCUUUCCCCGCUGAUCUUCCGUUACUGAAAGGCAGCAUGAGGAUGUUGUCAGAGGAAAUGGCGGCAAGCGGCCUGAAACAGUGCCAGCAGGCCCAGGAUCAGCUGGAGGAGGCCAUCGGAGCUGUGAUGAAGGCGGAGCAGCAGCUGAGGGAGAACAGCAGAGAGGUGCGCUUGGAGCUGCAGAGCUGUGUGAGCCGCCAGCAGGAGGCACUGCGCUGCAGGGAGGUGUGGCUUCUCAGUCAGAUCGAGCUACUUGAACAAGUGAAGACGGAAACUCUGCAGCAGCAACUGCACCAGCUGUACCGGCUCAGAGGUCAGUUUGACGUGAUCGCCCAUCAGCUGCAGAACUCCAACAGCAGCAACGACCUGAACAACCAGCUGACCAGCUGCAUGGAGAAGUUGUCCUCUCUGAGUCUGACUCCAGAGGAAACGCCUGAGAUGAGUUUCCAUGCCGACACUCGCUCUCUGAGGCAGGCCAUCACCUCAUUUGGCAGUGUCACCGCACAGCUUGUGGAGGGUGUGUCCUCCAAGAGCCCCACCCACCAGAGGCCUCAGGUCCAGAGUUGUCCAGUAACAGCAAAGAAGCAGAAGACUGACAUCGCCGAUCUGAGCAAUUGGCUCUUGGGAGCUCGACCUACCAACAGUUGCACUCCCAUUGGCUACCAGUCCAGCAAGAACCCACAGGAUUGGCUGCUGUCACACAAGGAGACCAAGACUUCCUGUCCCAUGCUGGCCUCCAUGGACUUCCUGCAGGCCUGGGGUCAGCUCAGGGAUCUGGAGGCAUGGCUUCUGCAGGAUCACACCCCCAUCAGCCGGGAGAGGAGUGGCAGCAGCUGUAGCUCCUCUUUCUCCAUUGAGAAGAUUGACGACUCAGAGUUCACCGCUACUCCUGAGGAGGAGGAGCUGAGCGACUGGCUCAUUACCCCACCCACUGCCGCCAUGGAGACCAUGUCAGAUGCUGAGCGUUGGCGGCGUGUCUUUAAGCCAUUCGAGGAAAGCUGGUCAUCCAGUGAUUGGCUGCCGGCGGCGAGUCGUCCAACCACCGACUGCUCGUCCUGCUGUCAGACCAUCAGCGCCGUGGAGAUCGAGAACCUGGGCCAGCUGAAGUGCCUGAAGACUCCGCCCACCUCUAACCCCGCCUCUCCAACCUCCCCAGCCCCCACUGUGGCCUCCCCUGUGUCCGUGGAGGCGUGGCUGCAGCAGACCGUGCCAACCCCACAGACCUGCCGGGCUAACGAGCUCUGCUCCACCUACUCUGCCUGCGUCUGCGAGGAGAACUGUGGCAGGGAGGCACUGAGCCGCUGGCUGCUGCAGCAGGAUGGCCGUGACAAGAAUGGUGUCCCCAAAAAUGCCCCACCCACCGCCAAGAAUGUCCCACCCACACUGUUCCACAGAGAGCAGGAAGAGAAGGUUCAGGCCAUCCUGGAGGCGUGGCUCCACCCCAGCACGACCUCCUCCCCCUGCAGGACUCCACUGCAGGCUCUCACCUCCUCCCUCUCUGACUGGGUGGCUCCUGAGGAGGAGGAGAAGGCGAGUCGAGAGGAGAGCAGCUCCAAGCCUUCCUCUUCCUCGUCUCCGUUUCAGCGCCCUCUGGAUCCGGAACUCUGGGUGUUUCCAGGAAAGAGCCCGGCGCCCGUGUCUGGAGGUCUGACCUGCCCCGUCGAGGAGGAGGAGGAGGAGGAGGAGGAGGACAAGUGGCUGCUGAAGAAGAGGAGUCAUGCUCAGGAGCGCCUGGCUGCAGCGCUGCCCACAAUGUGUGACCUGUUCUCCUGCAUGAAGGUGGGCGGAGACAAAGAAAAAUGGCUGCACAGAGCUCCUGUGCAGAUGUGAUGCUGAAGAUAGAUGCUUCUCUUCUGGGAGUCACUUUAUCGCUGAUCAGCGCACAUGAUCUCAACUAUCUAACCGUCAUCGCCUUUUUCUCCUUGCUGUGACAUCGUCACGCAGAGCUGCUGCCCACCCUUCUCCUCCAAUCAGAGCAGCCUGAUGCCCCUUUCAGACACAGCUGGCCCCACCCCUCAGAGGCAUUCCUGAGUGUGGUGGUGGUGGCGGCGAGUAUUUGGAUGUGUUGGAGGUGAUUGUUACUCUGUCAAAGCGGCGGGAAACAGGAAGCUGUCCCAUCAGUGGGAGGAGUCUGAAAGGGGCUUCAGAGAAGUUCAUUUUCCUAAAGAUGGCGAGUGAGACAUUUCAGCUUGUAAUCAAUAACCGAUCAAUCACUGAUCAAUAAUCAGCCUUUAGAGCUGUUUCACUUCUUCUGGAAGAGAUGUGAGGGGGUAGGGUCAGAGACACGAGGGUGGGACUAUAAGGAUGUGUGGGUGGGGUUUAUUUUAAAUAUAAUUAAGCCUUUAUUUUAACCACUGAUGUCACUUCCUUUAACUGAGAUUUUUUUUUUCUUCUUUCUAAAACCUGCUGACAUCAGAGACCCACUUCUGUCUGGCCUGCAGGCUUCCUUCCUGUCACGUGUGUGAGGGAGGGACUCUGUUUCCCAGAUUGCUUUGUGUAAAGGAGCCCUGCAGGCUGGUCACAUGACUCUGCAGUCAGCAGUGAUUGGUGCUUUGUGUUGAGGCUCUGAGGUUUGUAGGGGUGGGGCUUCACCAUAUUGAGCUGUGAUUCUUUACAGUAAUAAAGUUUUCUGACAUCA